AUGAACAGCAGCAGAAACAACAGGAUGGUCCGCAGUCUGUCAGCAGAUGCAGCACAUUCAAUAAAAUCCAAUUAUCACAGCCGCUCAUUAUUACAGAUAAGAAACACAGAGAGAGAGAGAGAGACUGGAGGAGGCUUUAACCGGACUGUGAGGGGGAUUCUUACCGUUCAGACGGAGGUGAUCCUGAUGGAGCUCCGCGCUGAGGAGGAAGAGGAGAAGGAGAAGGAGGAGGUCCACAUCCAGGUUACCCGAGAGAAGGUGGAGGGAGUCUGCAGCAUCGCUGGAAAACAGCGAGAGGGACGAAGGGUGAGUCUCUACGCCCAUGUCGACACGGACUGA